AUGCCGACUCUGCGGCGGAUCGUACUACUCCUUCUCGGCUUCUGUGCCGUCGCCGUGCACUGUACCGGUCGAGCUGUCCCAAAGACUGCGAAGCGCGGCGUCGGCGACCUAUUGGGAGGCGGGUCCGAACCUCCCGCACAAGCACCACCUUCAGCCCCGCAGCCCCAGCCCGCCGCACAUCAACAGCGACCUGAACAGCAUCUCGAGGAACAACCCCUUCAGCAGCAUCCUGGCGAGCAGCACUCUGGUGAAACCGAGGCCAAAGCUGAACAAGCAGGCUUAUUGGGCAAGAUAGUUGCUGGGGAGCAACAUACGACCACUGCAAUAAGUUCUGGAUCUUCGACCGCGACGAACACGGCUACGACAGCACACACUACCGCCAAACCUACCCACGUAGCAGAGCCAACCACCCCGCCGGCUGCGCCGCCCCCGACGCCGGCUACAUCAUCUACAUCAGCAACAUCGACGCCGACUCUCCUAGGGGAUCAAGCCACCCAUAAACCGGGUGUCGACUGGCAUGUCGCCGCGAUUGCCUCCAUCGUCGUGACCGCUGUGGGCAUUGCCAUCCUCGCGGCGCUGUUCUGGGACACUUGGACUCGUCUAGCAGCUGAUGUGUGCUGUGGCCGCCGCCGCCGUGCGAAGAAGGACAAGGACGGCGAGGAGCUUGUGCCAGACUGGACGCGCGGGAGCUGGGGGUACAGCUUGAAAGGCGCGAUCGGCGGCGGGUUCCCCGUGUUCAAUACCCCUCCAAUCGGGCAUAACAUGGCAGGCACUGGUUCGGGCAUGGGUGGACGUGCGGCGUUUGUGGCUGCUGAAGAGGUCGUGGGCAGUCCUCCAUUACCGCCGCCUCCGCCUCGCAUGCCGCGCAUGCGAUCGCCUGCUAUGCCUACGCGCGACUGGUCCUAUAACCCUAGCGUCAACGCCGCUGGCUUAGGCAUAGGUGCACCGGGCCUGACAAGGAGUCGGUCAACCGCGAAUCGCGCGAGGAGUGAUAGUGAUGGGAAAGCGCUGCCCAAUCCUCAUGGCGAAGACCCGUUUGCGACACCAAAGCAGGAAGAUUACAAGGCACCAGGAAGGGCUGCCGACGAGAAGGAGAAGAACGAGGACGCGUACGGCGGUGUAAUCUGA